CUUGACUGACGCGAAUCUCUGCUGGAGUGCUGUCAGAGGAUAAUCGCAGGUGGCGAGCUUGUCAAUUUGGCACAAAGAGGACAACGCCGCGGGAAACAUGUGUCGAUGAACCUUUGAGUAACCUUUUCAAUUGAUUAGACAUUUUGUUGUUUUAACCUUUGUGUUCGUGACCCUCGCUUAAUCGACAAUGCGGACGCCGGCUCUCCUCCUCCUGUUGUGUGCGCUGAGGCUGAUUGGCGUGGCCGGGAAGCCGCGGCCCUGCACGGAGGAGGAUUACUACUACGAGUACACGGAAUGUGACAGUUCUGGAUCUCGGUGGAGAGCGGCCAUCCCUCACAACCCUGGAACCUGCGUCGGCCUACCAGAGCCGGUCCGCGGCGCAAAGUGCACAUUUUCAUGCAAAGCCGGCGAGUUUCUGGAGAUGUCAGCUCAGGAGUGCACCCGCUGCGCAGCUGGAAGCUACUCCCUGGGCAGCGGCAUCCGCUUCGACCAAUGGGAUUCCAUGCCUGCGGGAUUCAGUAGCCUAGCAACCGCCCUGGAAAACAGUCCCCACAGAGAUGGAAGCGGUACAUGCAACAGUUCUUCCUGGGUGCCUCAGGGAAGUUACCUGGAGUCCAACAGGGACGAGUGCACGGUCUCGCUCAUAUACGCGGUCCGUCUGAAGAAGACUGGAUCGGUCAGCUUUGAAUACCAGUACCCAGACAACAACUUGCUCUUUGAGUUCUUUAUCCAGAAUGACCAAUGUCAGGAGAUGGACCAGGCCGUGGACACCAAGUGGCUUAAACUCAGCAAUCCAGGCGAGUGGGCAACACACACGGUGAACCUGAAGUCUGGCGCCAACAUCAUGUAUUGGAGGACCAGUGCGGUCGUGAUGGGAGCUAAAGCGGUGAAACCUGCCUUGCUGAAAAAUAUCCUAAUAGAAGGGGUGGCCUACACGUCAGAGUGUUUCCCUUGUAAGCCAGGAACAUUCAGCCGCGUCCCCGGCUCCGCCUCCUGCGAGCCCUGCCCCCGGGACACCUACUCGGCUCACGGAGCCAGCUCGUGCACUUCCUGCAACACCAGCAGCCAGUACGCAGACGAGGGCUCGGCGGUGUGUCAGAACAGACCUCCAUGUUCCAAGAAGGACUAUUUCAGCAUCCACACAGCUUGCGACAACCAGGGAAAGACCCAGAUUAUAUAUAAAUGGAUCGAGCCCAAGGUCUGCCUUGAGAACGUGACCGGAGCUAUUACGCUGCCCCCCGGUGGCCAGCGUAAGCCCUGCCCUCCUUGCAACCCCGGUUUCUAUAACAACGAAACAGCCAUCUGCUCACCCUGCCCACCUGGGACCUUCUCAGAUGGGAUGAAAGCGUGUCAGCGAUGCCCGGCGGGUACGGAGCCCACUUUGGGUUACGAGUACAAAUGGUGGAACGUUCUGCCGGCGAACAUGAAGACUUCCUGUUUCAACGUGGGCAACGCUAAAUGUGACAACAUGAAUGGUUGGGAAGUGGCCCGCGAUCAUAUCCAGAGCGGAGCGGGUAGCUCGGAUAACGAUUACCUCAUCCUCAGCAUCCACGUUCCUGGAUUCAAGCUCCCGACAUCAAUGUCAAGCCAUUCCACAACAGAGUUCGGCCGCAUUACCUUUGAGUUUGAGACGUCGUGCACCACAGACUGUGAAUUCUACUUCAUGAUGGAUGUGAACCGGAGGAGCACCACGGUGGUGGAGUCGUGGGAGCGGAGUAAAACCCGACAGACUUACACGCACGUCAUGACAAAGAAUGCCUCAGUUUCCUACACGUGGGCUUUCCAGAGGACCAAUCAGCCGUCAGACGGUCGUCGCUACGUCAACGAUGUAGCGCGCAUCUACUCCAUCACCGUCAGCAACGCAGUGGACGGCGUGUCCUCCGAGUGUCGGGCCUGCGCCGUCAGCACCCAGCCGUCCGGCUCCGCCUGUGUGCCGUGUCCGGCGGGUCACUACAUAGACCCGCGCAGCAGCCAGUGUACGGAGUGUCCCCCCAACACCUACCUCGUCUCUCAGGCCAAGCCGGGCCCCCAAGCCUGCAAGCCUUGUGGACCAAGCAGCCAGAGCAGCAAGGACCACCGUUUGUGUUACAGCGACUGUCACUUCACGCACACCGACGGCAACCUCACUCUGACCUUUGACUUCAGCUCCCUGGGCUCAGUGGGUACGCUGAUGAACGGGCCGAGCUUCACCUCCAAAGGAACCAAGUACUUCCACCAAUUCAACAUCAGCCUGUGCGGAGGACAGGAUCAGUUGGCCUUAUGCAAAGACAACGUGACCGACCUCCCCACCAGUGACUCUCAGAGCGAAGGAGCCAACACCGUCAAGACCUUCAUCUGCCAAUCAACUGUAAUCCCAGCGAGUGGAAGAGGCUUCAACACGGCGCUCACCUCGCAGUCCAUUAACCUGGCCGACACCUUUCUGGGCGCAACGGUUGAAAACACUCAUGAGAGUAUUCGGGCAAGACCUGAGCUGUACCCCCGGAUCUCCAAGAAUGUCCCAGAUGUCAACUUCUUCUUUCGGUCUUUGGAGCCCACCUCGUCAUGUGAAUCAGGUCGCAGCACGGUGGUGACCGUUCGCUGUAGUCCAGACAGAAGCACUAAAGGAGAACUCUCAGUGCCCAGUAUAUGCCCUGCAGGAACAUGCGACGGCUGCACCUUUCAUUUUCUGUGGGAGAGCUCUGGCGCCUGUCCCACGUGCACGGAGAGGGACUACCACCGCAUAGAGGGCGCCUGCAAAGGAGGACACCAGGACCUGUUGUACGUGUGGACCGAGCCCAAGGUGUGCAUGGCAGGCGCCAGCUUGCCGGGGAAGAAGACGGUGCCGUGCGAGGGCAUGGAGUUCUGGGUGCGGCUGGGCUCAGGACUGGGCGCUUUCACCGCGGUGCUCCUCGUCACGCUCACCUGCUACUUCUGGAAGAAGAAUAAGCGGUUGGAGUAUAAGUACUCCCGCCUGAUGUCCGCCAACAAGGAGUGCGAGAUGCCAGGAGCCGACAGCUGUGCCGUGAUGGAGGGAGAGAACGAAGGCGACAUGGAGGACGAGAUCGUGUACUCCAAACCCUCGCUGCUCGGCAAACUCAAAGCCAUCGCGUCCAAAGGAAAUGGCGAGAGCUACGAAAACAUGCAGCUGAACUCGUCUGGUUCCAAAGCUUUGGUGUGGAGUUAAAUGAACUGGGAGUCAGCCUCAGGUGAUCGAAGUCCCCUUUAACCCUCUCACACACACACACACACACACACACACACACACACACACACACACACACACACACACACACACACACACACACACACACACACACACACACACACACACACACACACACACACACACUCGCA